CCAUUCAAAGAAAGAAGACGUUCUUCUUAUUGUCUUUUGACGUGGGUCAGAUGGAUGAUUAUUUGCGUUAUUUCAAGCGUGCGAUAACGGCUGUAAUUGAAAAUCGGAAAAAGGAAGUGUCUCAGCAGACCACUAGAAGAAGAAUCCAAAGAAAGGUGACAAGAAAACGCCAACAAAAUAAUUCCAUCGAAGUUGAAGGYGRGUGAACACAAGAGAUCAUCUUCGAAUAUCAUCCUUCAUGAGUAACGACCAAGCACAGAGGAUCUUUGAUUCUGUCGYUGCAACAACGAAACCAGACAGGGGCCACGAACUUCGUAGUUCAUUGAAAAUUGACAAACUAGCCCAUACGAGUAGUGGUAGGAGUGACGAAAGCAGCAGCUUCCGAAGUGAAGCUUUCUCCAACCAGGCUAAUAUUACAAUUGGUCCGGUGGGUAUGAACCAUCUUCAUCACCAGUUACAGCUACAGAAUGCCAACACAGGGAAUUCCAUGAAUWGCGAUUCUACUAGAUGCGUCGACAACGGACCGGUGAUGAAUGCUGUUUUCGCUGUAAGUGACUCUUCAACUUUGCAUCAAAACAAUGAUCCAGCUUCUUUGCUAGCGAUGAACAAUAACACCAAUGGAACCAUUCUCAACGCACAGGCUCUGCAGCAACAGGCGCUGCACCAAAGUAAAAAAAUUUCCGCCAAUACAAAACCUGCUGCCAUCACUUCUGCACAUGUCGGUACCUCAGCUAAUCAUAAUGCCAACAGCAACGAUUAUACCCCGUGGUUACAACAUAUGAUACUGAACCAGAUCAAUCCCCUGCCAAAAAACGCUGGCAACAUCAAAUCCAACACCAGCGUCGGUACUGGGGAUAGUGGUUACCACGAUGUUGGAAACCAUCAAGGAAGGUCACAUAACGAUAACGAACAGCAAAGAAGUGAAAAUAGCCUUAGCCAUAGCACAACGAAUACGUUUCAAAAUCAACAGCAGCAUGGACCUACUUCCAUGCAAGGUUGGCCCACAACAGYUGCAGCUACAUCUAAUAUUCCUACAGCCAUCUAUGCGCAGCAGCUCCAACAUAGAUUUCUACCAUCACAAUCACAACCACAGCAGCAGCAAUUACAAGUUAUUCAAGGUCAGGAACAGCAGCAGCAACUUUUGGCAGCGAAUGGAUUUGUAUCACCACAGAUGCAAUUGCCGGCGACGGUUCACAACCAAGAACAAGAACAACAGCAGCAACAAUUGCAAUCGCAACAACAACAAAAAGAACAACAACAACAGCAGCAGCAGCAGCAGCAGCAACAACAACAACAAUUACAACAACAGCAGCAGCAGCAGCAGCAGCAGCAACAGCAGCAGCAGCAGCAGCAACAACAACAACAACAACAACAACCGGCAGUCGUAACAAGCAACAUUGGCAACUAUCAAAUUAAUAAAGCUCCAUUACCUGCCACCACAAGCACGAUUCCUUCCAUACAGCAGCAGCAGCAGCAGCAGCAGCAACAGCUUCUCUUGCUUGCUUUGUUGCUGCAACAGCAAUCAAAUUCAAAUAAUAAUACUGGUGCAGCGAUGGUGGAUUUGAAUGCACUUUCUAUGGCACUUAGCUCCCCGGAAGGCAUUCGGUUGCUCAAUUCUUUUGCGAUUGGACAGGCAGGAGUUUCAGGGACACAGCAAAAUCCUCAUGUCAAUCGUCAGGGGCAGCAGCCUCAGCACGAUACACCAUCUAUUGCGCAGACGAAUCGUAUGGCUGUUCACAAUAUUAUGCCAUUGGCAACGACGAUGAUAGCAAGCUCACAACAAGGUGAUGCCCUCGCCAAUAACCAGCCGUCUCUCUUCCUUUCUCCGCAAUCUAUACAGCAGCCUCAACUGCUACUCCAAGCUCCUCCAACUCUCCCCUCGGCUCAAUCGCAACCUGCAUUWCAGCURCAUGAGAAUGCAAAUGCAACUGGGGGGGCGUCUGCUGGGAUGUUUCCAGCUACUGCUGCUGCCGCAAUCAAUCAGCACCUUGCGACAAGAGCAGCCCCACCACCUCUCCACCCUAGUUCCGCUGUAUCGACAGCAGCAACAAACCCUUCCUGCUCUUCUACUUCCAGAAAUUCUGGUGCGAUGGGCUCCAUGCUGACAGUAAACAAUGUGAACAGCCAGACCGGAUGCGRAAAAAACGUCGACCGGAACGUUCGAAAUCUGCUCAAGAAGCGAGACAAGAAUAGUAGCACCAUGAAAAGRRUGAACACGAGUAACAGCAGCUAUAAGCCCGCCACCAAGUCACGAUUUCCUCGAAUUUUGUACAACGAGGCGGACGAUGGCAUUCUUGGCGAAUAUCAAACCCUACUCAGACAGCAACUCGAGCUAUUCGAAGCAGACGGGCAAGAUGUCAUUAACGGAACCUUCCGACAGGGAAGAACAACUCCCAUCAAGCUUGGACAAAUCGGUUUGCGUUGCAGACAUUGUGCUUCGACUCCGGUGUCGAUUCGAUCUAAGGGAAGUGUCUACUGUAAGUACCAAAUGAUGAAAAUUGUAACUGAAGCGAAYCAUGUGCGAGUACGACGAUUCCGCGUAAAGGACGGUGACAACUUUAUUUUUCAUCUUUCUGCGUUAGAACUCCGUYAUGAGUAUGUUAUUAUUAUUAUUUGUUUGCUUGCGUGAUUUCGUUGGCUAAAGAAAAAUCUUUUGUUCUCCGGGUUCUUCUUUGAUUUGCGCMCCCCCUUUGUUCUGGGUGCAAACAACAUCCCAUCUAUCCAUUCGAAAUCAACGUUUUAUUUUACUUUUUGGUUGUCGAAAUUGGGAAUCAUGGAAAAAUUAUUCAAUUCUCAAUUCACGCGUGACCAUCAUUUUUCGUGCUUUUAUUUUGAAUGAUGSGCCCGUAGUUUCACAAACCAUCAAGGGAAUGUAUCAAAUCGCUCAGAAUAUGUCGAAAGUUCAUUUAUGCGAACGAUGCGUGCGUGUCCCGGAAGAUAUUAAAAAAAGGAUGAUUUACUUGAGGAGGUAAGAUUUUUCUGUGUUUGUCACAGCUCAAUCAAAAAAAAUUAAGGAAGGAUCUCGGUUACAUAGCUCCUAGACUCAACCAUCUGUAUUUUUUUCUUUUGUCGCUGAUUGCUUACUUCAUGCUGUAUCAUCGAUACUCUCUAUUGUAUCGUUUCACUCUCAAUUCAAACCUAUCGAUUGUUGACAACACUUAACAUAUAUAGUCGGAGAGCUCGCGCGUCGGGGGGGAGAGCGUAUUGGAUACGUCACCUACGUGAAAUGGGGAUCUACGAAGAUGGAAAAGUUCUCAGAGCUCGUCCUGAAGGGUGGAAGAAACCCAAGAAUCUUCUUCACAACGAAAUGACCAAGCCCAAUACCGRGCAACCUCCUCCGGCUCCUAGUGGCGGGGAUUUGGCGACUACGGGGUAGGAUAUCUGUUCGCCGCAACUACUGUAACURCUUGUUAAUGGAAUGAUGAUUAACGUAAUUCCACUUCUCAAUCGAGGCCAUGAGAAUUUUCUUGGAAUUCAACUCUCUCAAACAAAUCAAACUCGAACAUCUCUAUCAAGUUUCAACGCAAGCGUUUUUCGAACCAUUACUGUAGAAGCAUACMGGUAGUGUCGACAAAACUAUCCAGAUCAGUCAAGGAAAACUCUGCAUAAUCAUCAAGCAACGUCUUGAUGAUUCAAAGAAACAUGGUAAAAUACUCUACUUAUACAUGAACAAUUGCAAYGAAGAGAGAACAAUUUUUGGCUAUUGCCUCAUUACGAAAGAGACGCAUUCAACUAUACGCUGCGCACAUCGUUAUUCACAUUUUUCCACUGUAAACGCAAUAGCAUCCAUGUCAAUAAAUAUAUGCUUAAAAU